UGUCUGUUGCUAAAAAAUAUUUUACGUUUAAAGUAACGUGUGAUUUUUGACAAUAUUUGUAGGCCGGUUUGCCACUUUGAAAAAAAAAGUGGGCUUCUUAGCUCCCCGUGGGCCUUACCCGAAAUAGACGGACUGACUAACCUUUAGACCACUCGGAAUUCGUUGUUAUGGGGAUGAAUGCAGCACACCUGCCAGAACUCUCAACAUAAAGCACCUCAUGCUGUGACUUUAAUUAUCAACUUUCUUUGCACGAGGUCCCACCUCAUCAGUGGGCCCCAGCAACUGCAAGGGGCCAGAUACACUCCUUCACAGCCAACGCCAUCCGCAGCAGCGGGGAGGGAGGCACUCCCUUGAUGUCCAGUUUUCACCGGAACCGACCGGCCCCCACAGCUCAGAUGUGUCCCUAUGCCCUGCAGGCAUCGCAAGCGCCGCUGGGGCAGGAGAAUGGAAUCCGACUCGGAGGGCAAGUCCUCCUACGGGGUGAAGUCAAGGAUGGACGAGAACAGCACCCUCGUCCAGCGCCGUUCCCGUAGGGUUGUCACUAAGGACGGCCGGAGCAAUGUCAAGAUCGGGAACGUGGAGGACAGAGGCUCCCUCUACAUGCGCGACAUCUGGACCACGUUUCUGGACAUGAAGUGGCGCUACAAGCUGGCGCUGUUCAGCACCACCUUCGUCGGCACCUGGUUCGUCUUCGGGAUCUUCUGGUACCUCCUGGCGCUGUCGCACGGCGACCUGGCGGAGUUCAACCCCCCGAGCAACCACACCAAGUGCGUGAUGAACGUGGACACGCUCACCGGCGCGUUCCUCUUUUCGCUCGAGUCGCAGACGACCAUCGGCUACGGCUUCCGCUGCAUCACCGAGGAGUGCCCCCUCGCCAUCGUGCUGCUCAUCGUGCAGCUCGUCCUCACCACCGUCAUGGAGGUGUUCAUCACGGGCACGUUCCUCGCCAAGAUCGCGCGGCCAAAGAAGCGCGCCGAGACCAUCAAGUUCAGCCAGCACGCCGCGAUAUGCAGGCACGACGGCAAGCUGUGCCUCAUGGUGCGCGUGGCCAACAUGCGCAAGAGCAUGCUGCUCGGUUGCCAGGUGACGGGCAAGCUGCUGCAGACGUACGUGACCAAGGAGAAGGAGACGGUCCGGCUCAGCCAGACCAACGUCGACUUUCAGGUGGACACGUCCACCGACACGCCCUUCCUCAUCCUGCCCCUCACCUUCUACCACGUCAUCGACGAGCGCAGCCCCCUCUUCGGCCUCACGGCCUCGGGCCUACGCAGCAGGGAGUUUGAGAUCGUCGUCUUCCUCAAUGCCACCGUGGAGUCGACGAGUGCCAGCUGCCAGGUGCGCACCUCGUACCUGCCCGACGAGAUCCUCUUCGGGUACGAGUUCGCCCCGGUGGUGUCCCUGUCGCCCAGCGGGAAGUACGUGGCGGACUUCACGCUCUUCGACAAAGUGACGCGCGCCUCGGGCAACCUCGAGGCCUUCAAGCCGCCCAAGCUUUCCAAAGCGGAUAAGGAGGAGGAGGAGGAGGAGCAGCACCUGCCCACGUUCGAAGAGGUGACCGCCUCGUCCUGUUACUCGGGCAGCGCGGACCUGUCCGAGGAGAACCGUAUUAACAUGCGCAUCAGCAACGUGUGAUUGCCUGCCGCCGUCGGCCGUCACCGAUUCAUUUUAACGGCGCAGACUCUCGCUUGCACUUGCGCCGGAAUAAUGGGCUCAUGUUACAAAACUACGAAUGAUUGUCCGGCGCUGAGAUUUCCGUCAACUGCUAGAAUGCGUGGGUUUUUUUUUAACGCUUCUACUGAAUGGUAAGAACAAAAAUGUUUUUAAUGGUCGCAUUAAUCCUUGCACAUUUUAGUCCAAGUGACGCUUGGCCUUGCUGUUUGGCUGUAAGAAUGACGUAGGAGAUAUCAGCCUUGUUUGUGUGAUGCGAAUUAGUGCCCUGUGCAUUAUGUGCACCGUGAACAAAAUCUGUAAUUGCACACGAGUGAGGCAUUGAUGUUUUACAGCCGUCUAAUUACACUGUUAAAAUGUAAACAAAUUAAUUUGCACCUCCUUGGGAAUCCACUGCUGGAUAAGGCCUCUCCCCCAUGCCACUUGGGUUGCGGUGGUUGUUUGACCAUAUUUUACAACGCUGGUCACAGGGACUGGUGAGCCAAGGGAGGGGGAGGGUUGGCCCAGGACGAGUUUAGAUAUCACUGCGCCACUGACGUUAGCCGUGGGCAGAAAUCUAAAUGAGGUCAGGAAGUUCGUAGAGCAGUGUGCAAACCACUACACUACCACCACUACUACUCCCACCAAACCAUACAUCAAAUUGUUAUACAAAUGUACACAGGUGCGACUGAUAAAAACAAAUGGAUAGUUAUCACAUCACAUCGAGAGCUUUGACAUUAAUUUAAGUAUGUAAUCUCUCAUCUCGGUGAUUUAAAUGAGACGUUAAAUUGUAUCACUAAGAUGCUCACGAUGGUUAUGAAUGGGGAGUGUUCCGAUAAUGGUACAGGGGUAUCCCUCGAUUUACGAACGUUCGCUUUGCGAAAUUUUGCGUCAACGCGAUUGACAAAUUAUGGACGAUUUUCGGCGAGCGAAAAUCGAAUUUCCGCGUUCACGAAAUGUCACUCCGGCCAAGCGCGCCGUGAGAUCAUCAAACGAGAAGCCACCCGGGUAGGCCACUGCAUCAUCAUCCACGCGCAGUGCAGCAGCAGCAGCAAACGCCUCCACCAUCACCCUGCCAGUCAUUCCAACAUGCAGAUGUUUUAGUGAGUGCACUGAAAAGGUUCAUUAUUAUUAUUUUUAGUUUUAAAUUAAUUAUUAUGCAAUCGUUGUAAUAUUUAUGUUCCGUAUUAUUAUUUUUGUAUUGUGAAAAGUGAUGCAGUUGUAUAUUGUUAGGCUAGGAGUUGGAGUGACUGUCCGAAACAUACCCGCGCUCAAUUUCUCUGUAUUAAAUUAAUGGGGGGGGGGGGGGGUGGGGGGGGGAAGCCGAUUACGAUUUUCACGAAAUUUCGUCUUUCGCGCGGUUUUUUUUUUUCAAGAACGGCAUCCCCUUUCGUAAAUCGAGGGAUACCUGCAAGACUUUUUGCAUCGUACAGUUGCACACGCUCAUCGUGUUCACCACAGGCGCGCGAAAUUUGCAAGGGUCACGUUUUACGAAGCGUGAGACACCCUCGUCGGGGAAAAAAAGGUGCUGCCAAUGGCUGACAUCUGUGGCCCACUUGUGGCCAAGGGAGGUUGCUGCAAGCAAAAUUGUCCUUUGCUUCUCUUUGGCUCCACGUCAAGAGAGCCCCCCCGUGAGUCAAGGAAGUCAGUUGGGUCGGUUCCGCAGGUGGUGGAAAAAUGCCCUACCAGUGUCGUGCCACGAGUCAGACACCCGAGUCUAAAUACUAUCGAUGUUAAAGUCGGACUUCCUGUUGAUUUUCACGUGUCGCCCAGGUGACAACGCGAUCACGUUCGUUUUUCAAUUUCCUCAAACGAUGUUCUCCCUAUCAAACGCGCUAUGCUUUUAACCAAAUUAGUUUUCAGCAACCUUUUAAAUUAUAUAUAUAUUUUUAACGAUCAUUAUACGCUACGACGGUAGGUUUUUUUGUAAUGUGGAGAUUCAAAGUUUGACGGAAAUCGGUGGCACCAAGAAGCCGUUGGGGUAGGCCAGGAGUUAAAGGACCAUUGAAGAGAGUGCCAUUGUUGUGAGAAUGACCGCUUGCCAGUAUCCGUAGGGCAGUUGGUCUCUCUGAACCAAUGAGACACAACUGCGGUUAUAAAUACGGUGUGGUUAACACGCCUGCAUUGCACAAUGCUGGACCUCUGCACGCCUCUGCUCACCUCUGCUCACCUGUCCCUGUGUGGGGUGAUUGGUGAUGUGCCUCCUUCACGCGAGUGUCCACUUGCAGGUGCUGUAAAACAGCACGCGUGAGAGCACCGCGGUGCGUGGUAGCGAUUAACUUCGUAGAGGCGACGCGAAAUAUACUUCCCUCAAUUCUGGUUAAAUUGUUUUUUGUUUUAUUGUAGGGAAUUUUUUUUCCCAAACCCCCCCCCCACCUACUCCCCACUGAUGACACAAGCACAAAUCUGUGGUUAAUUACUAAAUUAACCACAGAUUUGACUGAUCAGCGAUGUUUCGAGAUUAGUUGAGAGAUAGGGGUCAAUGAUUGACUUGGUGUUCUGCUGUUUUCUUGUGUGUUUUGUUACGGGCAGAGUGUCAGGGACGUAGCUAUCUCUCUCGGAGUUGGCACAUCGCGCCAUUCCAACACCCCCCUCUAUCACAGCUGAGUCAUGUCUUUACAA